CCCAGGGGCUGAAGCCGAUGGAUUUUAAUGGUCUGGCCGAUCCCUAUGUCAAACUUCACCUGCUGCCGGGGGCCUGCAAGGCCAACAAGCUGAAGACGCGAACGCAGCGGAACACCCUGAACCCCGUGUGGAACGAGGGAUUGACGUACACGGGCAUCACGGCGGAGGACAUGGCCCGGAAAACCCUGCGGUGAGCCCCCCACCCUCACUCCCGACCCACAGCCGCCGACCCACACGGUGCCCCUCACUCCCGACCUGCAGCCCCCUCCCCCCCGUAGCUGGUUUUUUGACUCUUCUUCUCCCGCUGCCUCCUUCCCCAUCCCCAGCUGGCCUCCCCGUCCACCAUGUCGGCCGCACUGCGAGGAAUCUCCUGUUACCUCAGAGAGCUGGAGCAGGCGGAGCAGUGGCAGCUGGAGGAGCGGGGUCGAAUCCUGCUGGCGCUGACGUACAGCUCCAAGCGCCAUGGGCUGCUGGUGGGAAUUCUGCGCUGUGCUCACCUGGCCGCCAUGGAUGUCAACGGCUACUCCGACCCCUAUGUCAAAACCGCCAGCCUGUUGUCCUCCACUGCAGCCGGCACCAGCUCCGGGGCAUCCUCCACCACCAGGGACUGCAUCCCAGAGGUCACCUCGCCCUCCUCCACGGCUGUGGCCUCCAUGGCAGGACAGGAUCAGGCUGCAAGGGGAGAGUCAAUGGUCCCUUCACUGCGCGUGCGCCAUCCACGCCUUACCACGCAUAUGAGCGACGGAGUCCGUACCCGGACCGUCUGCGCCUCACUGCGCAUGCGCCUCCUUCAAAGAUUACCUCCUCCCCCCCCUCAGGAAUUCUUCUACGAAAUCGACCAGUCGGAGCUGGCGCAGAAAUCCCUGGAGAUCACAGUCUGGGACUACGACAUCGGGAAAUCGAACGACUUCAUCGGUGGCACGACCCUGGGCCUGGGCUCGCAGGGCGAGCGGCUGCAGCACUGGCUGGGCUGCCUGCAGACCCCCGACCAGCGCUGGGAGCAGUGGCACACGCUGACCAAUGAGCUCCCAGAAUCCUCGGCCUUCGCGCCCUGAUUGGCCCUGGGGCCCGCCACUCCCUGCCUGCCUCUUAAAGGAGCAGGACCCUUUGCACGAGGACUCUUGCAUGUUUACACAGGGGCGGGAAGAAACCGCCCCCUCUGUGCUGUGUCUGUC